UUAUAUGGCUUUGUUUAUAUUCUGUUAUCAGCAACAGUAAACAGUUAUCGCAGUUAUAAUAAACUCAGUCAUUUGCAUGUAGCGGCCGGACCGUGUGAUAUACGCGGUGUUGUAGCAAGUUUUACAAGAGGUUCAAUCAAUCACAGAGAUGUCCGUGGACACCAGCACAGAAGCCCUACUCUCGAAGGCCCGCGGUCGGUUCUCGGCGCAGUUCGGGCGCGACGCCACGGCCGCGGCCCGCGCGCCCGGCCGCGUCAACCUCAUCGGCGACCACGUCGACUACUGUGACGGAUUUGUACUACCCGUGGCCCUCCAAUACAGCACAGUGGUGGUGGGCGCUCACAACGGCACCCCCCGCUGCAAUAUCCUCUCCAUCACGGAGGCCGGCCAGGAGUUGGAGACCAGCUUCAGCGUCCCCGUGCGCCGAGACUCGGCCGAGGUGGCAGCGCUGCCGGGGUGGGCCAAGUACGUGGCUGGGGUGGUCUGCCAGUUCCCUGGUGUGGUGGGCGGUUUCGACGCGGUGCUGGCGUCGUCGGUGCCGAUGGGCGGCGGCGUGUCCAGCAGUGCGGCCCUCGAGGUGUCUGUCUACACCCUCCUCGAGGCACUCACGGGCCGCGCGCAGGACAAGGUGCAGAAGGCCCUAGCGUGUCAGAAGGCGGAGCACGAGUUCGCGGGCAUGCCGUGCGGCAUCAUGGACCAGUUCGUGUCGAGCCUGGCGCGAGCAGGGCACGCGCUGCUCAUCGACUGCAGAGACCUGACCGCCACGAACAUCCCGCUCCCGUCAUCAGACGUGACCAUCCUGGUCAUCAACUCCAAUGUGAAGCACCAGCUCACGGGCAGCGAGUACCCGGCGCGGCGGGCGCAGUGCGCGCGGGCCGCACAGCUGAUGGGCAAGAGGAGUCUGAGGGAGGCGGGGGCUGAGGACUUACAGGCGCUGAAAGAGCAAGGCUGCGACCCGCUGGUGCUGAAGCGAGCCGAGCACGUCGUCUCCGAGAUCACCAGGACUACAGAGGCUGCCAAGUGUUUGAAGGAAGGAAACCUGGCGAGGGUCGGAGAACUGUUCUACGAGUCCCACCGCUCUCUCAGCCAGCUGAUGGAAGUCUCCUGUCCCGAGCUGGACCAGCUGGUGGCCAUCGCGCGGGGGGAGCCCGGCGUGCUGGGGGCCAGGAUGACGGGAGGGGGCUUCGGGGGCUGCGUCGUCACGCUGGUCCGUAAGAGCAGCGUGGAAGACCUGAAGAAGGCGAUAAAGUCUCGCUACAGCGGGAACCCCACGUUCUUCGAGUGUCACCCGAGCGACGGCGCCGCGCCGCUCCCACUCCCGGCAUCUAAAUAGAACAUCCCGUUAAUGAACUUGAACGAAGGGUGGGAUUCUUCAGCGAUCGAGCCGAAGCUUAGACUAACAAUAUACGAACUGGAUGGAGUGUCAGCGCAAAAGAAACGUCUCGACAAAUAACACCUAACUUCUACCACUGAGCUCUUACUUUAAAUUAGUUCGGUUAGAUUUGUGACUUUAUUGUUUGGUACAACGGUUGUCAUUAGGUUGAAUUUAAAACAGGUUGACAGUAAACAAAAUGCGGUCAGUUUUUUAUCUGUAUUUGUAUUUUUACCAUCUUGUUCAUAUAUUGUUAAUCUAAGAGCCGAAUGCUUGUUGUUAUCGGUCGCUCAAAUCUUUUGCGGGAUUGUAUUUAUAAUAAAGUAGACGUAAGAAUGGCCCACAGCCGUCGCAAAUACCAAAGUUACAUUCCAUUAACAAUGUAGUAAGUGUAAGUGUUACGAUGUUUUGUAUAACUUUUUUUUACCUGAAAUAUACUUGUUACAUAAGA